CCGCCGUGCCCGGGCGCUGCCGCCAUGCCCCAGCCGGCCCCGCCGCGCCCCGCAGCCGCCGCCGGCGCACCAUGAAGCGGCAGAACGUGCGGACGCUGGCGCUGAUCGUCUGCACCUUCACCUACCUGCUGGUGGGCGCCGCCGUCUUCGACGCGCUCGAGUCCGAGGCGGAGACGGCGGAGAGGCGGCGGCUGGAGGCCAAGAGCGACGAGCUCAAGAGAAAGUACAACCUGAGCGCCGAGAGCUACGGCGAGCUCGAGCGGGUCGUGCUCAAGCUCAAGCCGCACAACGCCGGCGUCCAGUGGAAAUUCGCCGGCUCCUUCUACUUCGCCAUCACCGUCAUCACCACCAUAGGCUACGGGCACGCGGCGCCCAGCACGGACGGCGGGAAGGUUUUCUGCAUGCUCUACGCGCUGCUGGGCAUCCCGCUGACGCUGGUGAUGUUCCAGAGCCUGGGCGAGCGCAUCAACACCCUGGUGCGCUCGCUGCUGCGCCGCCUCAAGAAGCGCCUGGGCAUGCGGCGGCCGGAGGUGUCCAUGGCCAACAUGGUGACCAUCGGCUUCUUCUCGUGCGUCAGCACGCUCUGCAUCGGCGCCGCCGCCUUCUCGCACUACGAGAACUGGAGCUUCUUCCAGGCCUACUACUACUGCUUCAUCACGCUGACCACCAUCGGCUUCGGCGACUACGUGGCGCUGCAGAAGGACCACGCGCUGCAGACGCAGCCGCAGUACGUGGCCUUCAGCUUCGUCUACAUCCUCACGGGGCUGACGGUCAUCGGCGCCUUCCUCAACCUGGUGGUGCUGCGCUUCAUGACCAUGAACGCCGAGGACGAGCGCCGCGACGCCGAGCAGCGGGCGCUGCUCAGCCGGGGCGCUCGCUCCGGAGCCGCGGCCGCCGUCCCCGAGGCCGCCGCGGUGGCCCCGGCCGAGAGCGGCUUCAGGAACGUCUACGCCGAGGUGCUGCACUUCCAGUCGGUGUGCUCGUGCCUGUGGUACAAGAGCCGCGAGAAGCUGCAGUAUUCCAUCCCCAUGAUCAUUCCCAGGGAUUUGUCCAGCUCGGACACGGGCGUGGAGCGCAGCCACUCGUCGCCCGCGCGCUGCCCCGAGACUCCGGAGCACCGGUGCUUCUGCCGCUCCCGGCGCUCUGCCAUCAGCUCCGUGUCCACCGGGCUCCAGAGCCUGGCGGCGUUCCCGGGCUUCACCAAGAGACGCAGCUCCGUGUAGCCCCCAUCGCGCCCUCCCAUCCCGGAUCCCUCCUGGAGCGGGAGGAAGCCGCUCCGGACUCGGGAAUGACGCCGGAGCGGGGCCGUGCCCGUUGGCUCCGGAAUGGAUUUUAAUUUAAAACCUCUUGGAUUUUAAUUUCACACACACACACACACACACAAAAAC